UUCAAACUGGUGACGUCGUGUGUUCCACGUUGGCCCGGACGUGGCAGUCGGCAGCAGGCUGGUGUGGAAAUCACAGUAUCAGGAUCAGAGUAAAUCAUCACACUUCGCCUCUUCCCUCUGGGGCUAAUAUCACCGCUACCACCGCAUAUUUGUUCCUCCUCGGUCAGCCAUGGGACUCACCAUCUCGUCCAUCUUCGGCCGACUUUUUGGCAAAAAGCAGAUGAGAAUCCUAAUGGUCGGGCUUGAUGCUGCAGGAAAAACGACCAUCUUGUACAAACUGAAGCUCGGCGAAAUUGUAACCACUAUCCCAACCAUUGGUUUCAAUGUGGAGACAGUAGAGUAUAAAAAUAUCAGUUUCACCGUUUGGGACGUGGGUGGCCAGGACAAGAUCAGACCCCUGUGGAGACAUUAUUUCCAGAACACACAGGGCCUCAUCUUCGUGGUGGACAGUAACGACAGAGAAAGAGUGGCUGAGUCUGCAGAAGAGCUCACAAAGAUGCUGCAGGAAGAUGAGUUGAAAGACGCUGUUUUGCUGGUGUUUGCGAACAAACAGGAUCUUCCCAAUGCCUUAACAGUCAGCGAUCUCACAGACAGACUCGGCCUGAACGUCCUCCGCAACAAAACUUGGCACGUUGAGUCUGCCUGCGCCACCCAGGGCACCGGGCUGUACGAAGGACUGGACUGGCUAUCCAAAGAACUGUCCAAGAACUAAUCAAGGGUCGGCAUUACAGAAGAGACACCGAACACCCCAAGGCUGGAGAGAAGGCACAGACAUUCAAUGCAGAAAUAUGGUCUUCCAGCACCAACGUUCCCAAAGAGGACAAGGCUGGUGGACAACUUAAUCACCUUUUGGAAAAUUUAGUAUCUCAAAUUUUCUUAUGUAAUCAAUGCUAUUACUUUAUUAUCUCUUGACAUCACCUCUGUUUUUCUCCUUUUGUUCCAAACUUGUUGUAAGUGCACAUUCAGAUUCACGAUGAGCAAAUGAGCUGCUGGAGAAAUCUCACAGCAACAGUGAACAACAGUAAUGGGAGUUGUUUUUCCACUUGACACCCUGGCUCUUGUCUAGGCAGCAUUUGCAGUAAUCAACCUCUUGUAUAAUUGCCAGAUUAACUUGUAGCCUUUCUCUGGCCCAGGUUGAGGGGGGGAAAUGACAAUAUAAACCCAGAGCUUUGGUGAAGGACAAUUUGCAGGCUGUUAAUCUCCAGAGGCCCUUGUGGAUAUUUGACUCCCUCACAGACCUGACCCUUUGCUCUCCACUGCUAUGUCCUCGAUUUCAUCCCAAGUCAUUUUGCAAAGGCCUGUGGCUUGUACAAUGAAAUGGAGGAGGAUUGUAGUGAUUUUUGUUAGUACUGUGGAACCACAUGGAUCCAUAACGGAACAGUGUGCCUUCUGGUCCCUUAUUUUGCACAAAUCUGACUAGUGCUUUCUUAUCAUUCUUAGGUCAAGCUCUCUCCUUCUGUGACUUAAUGCUUUUGCAAGACCAAAUUAUGCAACGAGACUCCUUCUUUUGUGCUACGUUGGACGGUGUGGUUGCACCAGUGUGAAUACAGAUUGCUUCCUUGUCACUUGACUUCACAAUCAGCCAGGAUUUUAUCCUGUUGGAACAUUUGUGAAUUUGCCUUCAUUCAUUUUGCCUCCUUUUUUUUUUUUUUUACUAAUCACUAUGAAAAAAGGGAAUUUCUUCAAAAUUCUACCAACUCUAAAUUCAUCUUUUUAACGUCAAAGAAGGAAGGAAGUAUCUUCUCGGUGUCGACAUGGCCGGUGGCAUUGCGACACAGUUCAGUAGCAUGUUUUUGUUGUUUGUUUUGUCCUUUUUUUCUGCAGUGCAUACUGUUUACAAGUUUAUUGUACUGUUUGGCAAAUUCUGUAUUAUUUGCUUAACUAUUCUACCCCAGUUGAAACACAUAACGUACCCAUCCUUCAGUUAUUUGGGUAUACAUUCCAACCUAUGCUUUCAGAUGCAGGAGCUGACACUCUUCAAAAAUAUUCUCUAACAAUAUUUUACAAAACAAAAAGCUCUGAAUAAAGCUAGUGUUUAAAAAGUU